CCUGAGUGCCGUGAUGAUGACUCAGUCCCUGCAUAACACCCGUUAUGCAAGAAGAUGCAAGGGCCACAGUCCACAGUAUUCUGAGCAUCCAGCAUUUCAAUUCCGUCAAAGUAGAAUGGAUAAUUGAUGCCCGUAUCAUCCGGUCGCUAUCAGAGACCCGUAGCCUUGGACUACCCCGGUGUCCUCCUCUUCUGUAUAGACUGUAGUCUCUGGUGUUGAGGCGGUGGCCUCGGCCGGCGACGUCACUCGCGUUUCCUUUUUUUUCUUCGCCUCGCCCGACCGUCCAUUGAUUUCAUCCGUCCAUCUCGCUUUGCUCUGCCAUCGUGCUUUGGGUAGCGUCCCGCGCUUUCGACUCGGUCUCGUCUACUGUCUCGUCUUCUCGAUUCAAGAAAUAAAAAGAAAAAAAAAAUCCCGGCCACUCGUCAUCAUGGCGUGUCCCAUCACCGUCAGCAAAUUUGUCGGCACCGUCUCUCUGGGUCUGUUGACGGGUCUUUCCUACUCCGCCUCGGCCAUCACCGUGCCUGCGCUCGAUCUCCUGCCGACCUCCGCCAAUGCCGCCCGGUCGCUGCACGAAGUCAAACGGCUCAACCGGAAACACGGCCUGCGUCUGUCCAACCUGGCCAGCGGCUGUCUGCUCUUCGCCUACGGCAUCUCCCCCCAACAUCGCAAGCAUCCCUACCUGGUCUGGAUGUGCGUGACGUCGGCCCUGGGCACCUACGCCGUCGACUACUGGUUUCACCGGGCCGCCGGGUUCAAGCCGUGGCUGCAGAGCUUCAUCCAGGACACGGGAUUCUUGGGCCUGUCCCGCAAGCCGGCGCCCAAGAAGGAGGAUGACCUCGUGGUGGUGGAAUCCGACGAGAAUGUGAACGGAGAGAGCGUCCGUCGGGAACUGGACACGGAGCGGCGCUUCCAGCGAGUGCGCGCGGUUUUCUCCGGGCUGGCCCUGGCGAUGGGCAUCGUUGGACUCUGGGGGGAUCGUUCGUCCUAGCGGAGGAUUGGACGGAGACUUGUGCUAUACUAUGCUUCACUGCGGGUUGGAAUCUGUCGUCUCGGUGUCUUUCUCUCUACAUCUUUUCUGUCUGGUGGCCCCGAGGGGGUUCGGGGUCUAAUGCAUGGCCAUGCAAUGUAUAUUGGCGAUCCAAGGAACAGGUCCGGAGUAUGGGUCUUGAAUGUCUUGAAUGUCUUGAAUGAAGCGCACUUGAUUACCA